CGCUCCCUUUUUAUUCUAGAUAUAUGACUUUCUACCUCGUAGAGUUCGUACUUGAUUUGGUGACCUUUGAGCCCAUCCUCUAUGCGUUGGAGAUUACAGACUUUACGAGCCAAAAGAUUCCUUUAUGCGAGGCUCAACGACAAUACCUGAGCGGGACACUAGAUAUACUCCCGCCCAAGAUACAUUUAUGGAAAUAAUCGCUUAAUUUAAGCAAGCUUGUCCCAGAGCGCUGGUCCACAAUAAAUUGAAGUGUCGUUUUCUUGCACUGCAUUUUGUGGUGCUAAUAUGCAAGGAUGAAUGCUGCUGCUAUACAUGUAGUAAAAUGUGUUGUGCACUGCACAAAAGUCUUUUCUGAAAUUAUUAGAUGAGCUUUGAAACGCAACUUUCCCUGAACGAUUGCGACCUUUGUCACAAAUAAUUAUUCCAUUUUAGAUUCCAAUCCUUUCGUUCUAAUUUCAACAACUGCUGUCCUCAUCCAGAUACUCUCACUUAAUCACAAACUUAACCUCGUGUACAAGUUAAGGAUAGAAGUGAUUUUCACACUAACUUUUGGUAUCUUGGUACAAGCCACAACCAAUUCGCAUCAGUGGACAUAAACACUAGCUGAAUGAGGAUAAAUAGCAAUCUUCGUGAAUUCCUAGAGCCAUUUAUCAGAUUGCGAUGGUAGUAAUCUACGCCGAGUUGAUCUGCAUUUCCAAGUUUGUCUCAUCGUUGAAUUUCGAGUUUUUUUAAAAUUUUGUCCGCAUUAUUUACGAACAUUUUAAAAAUGCCGCUACAUUAAGCUCUUUAUGAUUCCUUCCUGGGGUCUUCCCACAUCUGUCGUGAUGUGUACAUGGGAAAUAACGCUUUUCCAACCGAUCUUAACAUGCAUCUUGCAUACCUUUUUACGUACCAUUCCUGCAGUCUUCACUUCUGUAGCUCAUUCAUAAUUUUACCUGACAAAAAGCACCUUAAAUACAGCAUCAAGAAGAUUCAAUGCGAGGCAGUGGUAUCAUUUCGACGAUUGCUGUACUAAUUGCGAUGCAAGCGCAUGGAGUUUCGAGCACUUUGAGUCGUAAACUUGAGGCCAUGAGAGAGAAUGAAGAUGGAAAAAUUCUUCGGGGUGAAGGCGGAAAUAAAGCUGGAAAAAAUGCUCACGUCGGCAAAACACGAGCCAGCACCAUGGAAUGGCCCAAAAUGGCCCACCGUAAACGACAGUAUAAAUUUCGGUUACUUGUCGAGCGAGAUGAGUCCUGCUGAGAAGUAUGCGCGGGCUUUCGGGCUGGAUGUGAAAGACUUUAUGGAUAAAGUUUCAGCUCAGUCUGGCAUCGAUUCAAUGGCAAAUCAUACCACCCCAUGCACCGAUCACAGUGAAUGCGAGAAGAGUUUUUGCGCUCAGCGUACCAACGCAACAUCGGGCUAUUGCAUUCCAACGUGGUACGGUUUG